AUGUCUACCAAAGUUGAAGCCAAUAGAACUUUUGGUUCAGAAGGUGUAAUAACAGAUAAUCCUCCACCUGCAUACGCCAGGGGUCCUGUUGGACAGGAAGAGAAAGCAGCAAUCGUCCAAAGUGAUGUACCAGUUAUAGAUGGAAGAGGUGAUCUCAACUUUGCAGAUAUCCUUAAAGGAACAGCUGCGAACCCUCUUAGUACAUUUGAGAAAAAAGCAGCUUUGAUCAAUGCUGAGAUCGAUCAAUUUGGUUUUGGAAGAUACCAAUUUUGUAUUUGGAUGUUAUGUGGUUUUGGUUAUUUCCUUGAUUUAGCUUGGGCUCAAGGUGUCGGUCUUGCUUCGUCUGCCAUCUAUCAAGAGAUGGGCGUUCCACCUGGACAACAAGGUAUCAUCUUCUCUUGUGCCAAUGCUGGUCUUGCUCUUGGAGCUCUUGGUUUCGGUCUCUUGGUCGACAUCAUUGGACGAAAAUGGGCAUUCAACUUGACAUGUCUGAUUUGUUCAGUGUUCGGAUUACUUCUGGCUGCGCCCAAAUACAACUAUGGAGCUAUCUGUGGAAUUUAUUUCUUGGCAUCUAUUGGAUUAGGUGGAAAUAUCCCAAUUGACGCUACCAUCGCAUUGGAAUUCCUACCUCAAAGAAGAAGAUACUUGGUCGCUUUAUUAAGUUUGUGGCAACCUGUCGGAGUGGUCUUUGCAUCCGGAAUAGCAUAUGCCACAGCGGCCAAAUACAGAUGUGCAACUGAUUUGUUAUCAUGUCACGAUCCAACUUUAGCUCCAGGUGCGGCAUGUUGUACCGUAUCAUCCAAUAUGGGUUGGAGAUAUAAUUCAAUCGUGUUAGGUGGUGUCACUUUAGUCAUCUUCUUUGUACGAUAUUUCAUCUUCCCUUUCCACGAAUCACCAAAAUUCUUAUUGGCAAGAGGAAGAGAAGCGGAAGCCAUUGAAAAUUUACAUAAAAUAGCAAAAUUCAAUAGAGCUCCUCCACCCACUUUGACCGUUCAACAUUUCGCUGAAAUCGAUCAAGCUUCUUCAACGUAUUCAACUGAAACUACUGCUGCUCCCAAUGCCAAAGCCGCAAAUGUAGUAAAGAGGUUCUUUAGAAAUUUCAAGAGCUUGAAAGGUCUUUUCUUGAACAAACUUCAACUGUUCAUCUUUUGUUUACUCGCAGUUGCAUACAUGGGAGAUUAUUGGUCAUUCAAUUUGGCUGGAGCUUUCUUACCACUUAUUCUCCUUCGAAACAAUGUCUCAAAUGGUCAAACAACAGUCACAGACACAUACAGAGAAUACGUCUACAUCUAUCUUCCAGGUAUCAUCGGUGCUGUAAUUGCUUUGUUCUCCAUACAACUUCCUCUUGUCGGCAGAAAAUGGUCCCUGGUCUUCUCAGCUAUCUGUCAAGGUUUAGCGAUGGCCAUGUACACACAAGUCAAGACUACAGCUGGAUACGUCGGAUUAAACGCUUUUGAAUAUAUCAUGCAAACUUAUUUCAACGCAGUAUUAUACGCUUCUGCGCCCGAAUUAUUCGAUACAGCCUAUCGAGGAAGUGCUUCAGGAAUGUUAUCUUGUUUAGGUAGAUUAGCAGGUAUCGUCGCUCCCUUCGCAGGUCAGAAGUAUCUCGCUUCAGGAUCUGGAGGUAUCUUGUGGUUGGGUGCAGGUGGAAUUUGGGUAGCUGCAUUGAUGAUGGUGUUUUUACCCGUCGAAAUGAGGGAUAGGCAAAUGUUCUAG